GUCAUCGUUUGUGCUGCUGGCGGCAGAACACAAGUAAAGGCUGGUGAAAUGAUCGUGCCUUUGGUGAUCAAAACAGCUAAUAACCUAGCUAAAUACUGACAUUAUCCUCAAUCGCGAUAUCUGUCCAUCGUGUCAGCUCAAACUGAACUACAAGGUGCAUUUCCGACACACAUUUUCGUGGCCAUUCAAGGUGUAGUGUCCUCUGACUGUCUAGCUCUAGCUAAUAACAUAGCAUAGUAGGCUAUUGAUUAACAGACAGACGCUAAUCAGAUCACAUCACCGCCUGCUAAUUAACUAAAGAUGCUGAAAAUGGAGGGACUCGGGUCGAAGAUGGACCCGGAGGAGAUGAAGAGGAAGAUGAGGGAAGAUGUCUUGUCUUCGGUCAGGAACUUUCUCCUCUACGUCGCCCUGCUCCGAGUCAUACCAUCCGUUCUUCAGAAGCUGGAUAGCAUAUGAAUAGAAUCCGCCUUCGCUCACCCUCUCCCCACAAGACCAACAUCACACAGAAUGAUUCAGAACAACAACAACAACAAGCUGGUGAAGUUGCUACCCAACAGGAACAACCAUGACGACAACAACAACAACAACACAACAACAACAACAACAACAAGCUGGUGUAGAUGCUUCUAGACAAAAACAUCCAGUUGGGAUCAUUAUGAAAAAGUUAAUUUCACCACCAUGGUCUUUUAAGUUAUGUAGCCGACCAAUUGCUCAUUUCUAGCCUACUGUGAUACUUGUGAGUUUAUCUGAUGUCAUUGACGAUUUCUAACAGAUACACCUUGAUGUUGUUUUGUCCUGUUCUUACUUUACUUGAAUAAACUCAAGUCUUGAAUGUA